AUGGUGGGCUUGCUUCAUUUUUGCGAAACAUGGCAUUUACUCAGCAAAUCAACAAAUUUGGACGACAUUAUUGACAAUAUUACUGUUACUUUAAUGAACUUUAUGGCCCUUUAUAGAUAUAUUAAUAUGCGACAAAAUAAAUCUACUUAUAAAAAAUUGGCAUCCGCUAUGGAAUCUCCAUAUUUUGAUACUUCAACCAAAAACCGUAAAAAAUUGGUUAAAUUUUGGGCUCAAAGAAAUGAAAGAUUUAUAAAGUUGCUGCUGACAUUAGGUUCCUGCACUUUGGCUGCUUGGCACAUUUAUCCAUUAGUAGACGACAUCGAAUAUAAUUUAAUGAUAUCAGCUAGCUUUCCUUUUAAGUAUCAAACACCAGAUCGCUAUCCCAUAUUUUAUUUUAUUAUUUUCAUUGCAUUUAACUAUGGAUCUGUAUUUGUUAUGAUCAACGACUUGAUCAUGCAGGCUCAUCUGAUGCAUCUGUUGUGUCAGUAUACUACAUUAGCUGAUUGUUUUGAAGAAAUCAUUACAGAUUGCUUGGGAGAAAACCAUUUCGAAAAUUCAAACUUAAUCAGAACACCCCAAUUUAGAGAAGUAUAUUUAAUAAAACUCAAUAAUUUGGUGGAGCAACAUAAAUUUGUUUUAAAG